AUGCAGAUAAACGUAAGAACUCCCCCGAAGAUGCAGACAGUUUUAGACGCAGAAACUGACUCUGGAGUAUACCUAGAAGAUUGGUGCGAGAUAGAGAGAACUUUGCAGGGAGUCCUAAACACAGCCCAUUUACACGAUUUCUCUCCGAAAAGCAUCAGCACUGUCGUCCGCGGGAUUCUCUCGCCAGAUCCCAGAGAAAGACAGUUAUAUCACGAGAUAGGAGUAUGUCUCCUGGAGAGGCAUCUCAUAGAUAGAAGCUACCUCGUAAAUGCAGUGACUGAGUACCUUCUCGGGGAGAUUCCCCACUACGGGAUAGACAUAAUUCUCUCCCUCCUGAACAAGCUCGGGGAUAUUCCCAGGGAGGAAAUAAGCGAGUUAUACGUCCCACUUCUGACAAGGCCAUUAAACAUACGGAUACGCAGGGAGAUCAUAUACGGGAUAACGAUGGGAUAUCCGUACAGUGCGCUGGACUUUCUCUUUGAGUGUUUGCUCCGGGACUGCAAGAAGUUCGACUCCUUCAACAGCUUCGUAGCAGUUGUUAUCGUGGAAGAGUGUAUUUGCGAGAUGGAAAGUGUCUCAAAAGAGGCCUGUGCGAUGGCUGCUGGGAUAUUAGCCUUUCUCUUGGAGAAGGAGCUGCACCAGGUCAUAAAGAAGGUAGCAGAGGCCUUUGAGAAGUGCGAGUUCACGUAUAAACUCUCAAAGAACAGUCAGGACGUGGUUGAAGGGUUAUUUGAUACGGUGUACAGGCUGUCACAGACGUAUUGGAAGAAAACUGAGCAAUUUCUGGUCUGUCAGAUCCUGCAGAGUCUCUUCCGGUUGAACUCCGCAGUCUUUGACGAGUCCCUGCAGAAGUACAACGAGAAAGUGCAGGGACAAAACAAGUGCAAGUAG